GCUCACAGCAAUUAAAAUUACUAAAUUAAAUAAAUCGUCAAAAUGUUCCGAUUGGUAGUGUUGUCCGUUGUUCUUGCUGUUGCCGCUGCAGGAACACCUUGGGUUGCUCCGGCUCCUCUUGCUCAUGGACACUAUGCUACCGUCCCGACUGUUGUGGCUCAGAAGGAAAUCGCGUAUCAGAAGAAUAUCAUCGAAGAGCCAACCAUCACUCAUGUUGGAAACAUUGAAAAGAAGAUCCCAACUGGAUACUCGUACCAAAAGUUUACCCAGUACCACAAUGAGCCGAUCACUCAGGAAGUGUACGCUCCAGCCGUCAGGAAGACCCUAGUCGAAACUCCAGUCGAGAAAAUUGUUUACCAUACCGCGCCUGUUGCUGUCCCAACUGUAACCUAUGCUGCUCCUGCCGUCAAACAAGUAUAUGUGGAUGCUGCUCCAGCUGUUGCCUAUGCUACUGCCCCAAUUGCCAAAGCUGCCUACAUCAAUGCUGUUCCAGCACUGAAUUAUGCUGCCCCAGUUUUGACUCACGGAGCUCCACUUGUUAAGAACGCCUAUGUUGAUGCUGUUCCCACUCUCGGCUACGCUCCACUGGCCAAACCGACCUUCUUCGCCCAUGGUCAGCCUGCUGUGUACGGUGUUCCGGCUGUGUAUUCCAAAUACUAA